AGCUCUGGCUAACUGACAUAAACUGUCAACCUGACUUUUGAAAGCUGUAUCAGAGUCACAGUUAUGCCCGACAGAAUGGAAAAUUAGAAAAAGAUAAAAACUAUGCAUACCGCACAUUAAUAUAAAUGUAUAUGUGUGCCUAUUUCACUUUAAGACUUCAGAUUCAUCACUAGAAGAGGCAGCAGUUUAUAUGUUUGUUUGCUGAGAGGAGUAGAAGGAGCAAUCGCUUGUGCCCAUCAUGCUGGGUACCAUGGGAAGAUCCAUGGCAGGGAAAGAAGUGCCAUAUAUACUACCCAUGAUCAAAGGAAUGCCACAGAUCAACAUGGAUGAGCUUGAAGAAGAGGUGAGGGGCACCAAUGGAGCUUACUAUAAGGCAUUUGUAAGAGACAUACACAAGAAUGCCAUCACCAUUGCUGUUGAAAAUAGCUGGCAAGCAGAGAAGCGGAUACCAUUCCAAGAUGUAAGAUUUCCACCUUCUUCUACUUACUGCAGGGAAACCGAUGUAGGUGGUGUGAUAGAGGUGUAUACCAGAAUAAAUAAAAAAGAGCCACGGAGCUGCUGGCUUGCUAAAGUUUUAGAGAGAAAGAAGGAGAAUGCUGUUGUGGCAUUUACAGAUUAUGACAAUCAUUACGCCAAGAACAUCACAUUGACUCGGGUCAAUCCAAACAAAGCGGCAGACAAAUACUCCUUCCAUAAAGUCACAUUAGACGUGCCUGCAGAUUUACAGAAAGUGUGUGCUGAGGAAGUCCUACUUCAAGACUUUAGAAGGGCAGUUGGGGCAUUUUCAAUAAGAUACGACUGGGUGAGCAGCCAGAUUAUCAUUCUGUCUUCCAACGAAUUUACCAGGAAAUGGGUAAACAUGCUAAAAGACAACCUUUUCCACAGUUUUAGGAUCAAGCAGUAUCUUAAGGUGGGCAAGCAAAAUGCCAGUAAAAAACUAGAGAAGUUCUCAGCUAGAUUCCAUGAGCAGGUCAAGGUAAAACAACAUCUAAUAGGACUUGCCAUCGGGAAGAAGGGUGCCAACAUAGAGGAAGCCAAAAAGAUUCCAGGAGUAAUAUCAAUAGACCUUGAUCCAGAGAACCACACUUUCCAUAUAUAUGCAAACAGCAGAGAGGCAGUGAGUAAAGCUAAAGCCUACAUGGAAUACAAAGAGAAAGUGCUUCAAGUUCAGAAAACAUUGGUAGACAAAGCUUUUUCAAAAAGCAAAAACUUCAUUGGAGUAAUUGCACAAAAAACUGGUGUUGUGGGAAUCCAUGCUGAAGAUGAAUUAUAUCUGUUCUCAGAAGGGCAUCAGGUUAAUUUUAUAAUCUUGGGACGGAAGGACAAUGUUGCUGCUGCAUAUGUCCUUCUGGAGUGUCACCUUAACGAUAUAAAUUUUCUGAAACCACUGCGUGUAGGGAGUCUACAGAUUGAUCAGCCCCUUCAACAAAACAGUGUCUGCCCAACACCCCAAGCAAAUCACUGUGAUACAGAGGAGGGGAGUGGGGAGCUGUCAGUCCAUGAAGCAGAGUCAGACCAUGAAGCAGAACUCCUUGAUUGGUCCGCUGCUCCAUUCGAAGAAGAAGAUAUUUGUCUUUAAAAGAUCAGAUGAGGAACAGCAGGAAAUGUUGACUAAUCAUAUGAGCAAUACUAUUUUUAAAAGCAAAAAUAAAAGUUUAUAUAAAAUGA